AUGAAGGGCAUAGGAAAGGCUCUAGCUCGGACGCCAUUUGCGGUGACUAGCAGGAUUGGAAUGGCUAAGAAGUCCUCCGAUCCCGAAUUCGAUGACUACGAACGCCAUUUCGCUUCGCUUGAGAAGGGUUCGGAGAAGCUUAUCAAAGAUACCAAAGCGUUUUCCGAGGCUGUCGCAGCUCUCUUCACGUCCGGUGCUGGAUUCGGAACCCAUUUCGCGGUCAUAUUUCAGCCCCUUGCCAGCGAACUCGACGUCCUCGGAAAGCACCCAGACGCUGCCCAGACAAUCCGCAGCGUCAAUAAAUAUGAAACUGCCAUGGAAGAAAUGCGUUCCUUGAUAGGACCCGAGCUCGAACUCAUAGAAACACGAAUCACUGGACCUGCGAAAGAGCUGCAGUCAGUAAUGAAGCUCAUACGAAAAAGCAUUACCAAGCGAGAGCACAAGUUGACCGAUUUCGACCGGUAUAAUAAUUCACUCACGAAAUUACGGGACAAAAAAGAGAAAUCGUUGAACGACGAGAAGAACCUGUUCAAGUUGGAACAAGACUUCGAAAUUGCAACAAACGAGUACGAGUACAUCAACAGUGCUCUGAAACAAGAUCUCCCUCGAUUCAUGACCCUUGCCACACAUUUCAUUGACCCACUGUUCAACUCGUUGUUCUACAUGCAACUAAACAUAUAUUAUUUGAUUUUGGAGAAGAUGAGCAGCUUUGCCGAUCAAGCCAAAUAUGAUGUAUCCAACAGACCCGGCGCCCAAAUCGCUCAGGAAUACGAAGAAAAGCGGACAGAUGCUUGGAGCGUUAUCGAAAAUCUAAACAUCAUUAAACGCAUCAUCUCUGUUUCGAGACUUGUGCAGGCCUCCCGUAGUCAGAACGGUGUCGGUCGAUCCCCGUCAGUGGCGACAUCAUCUUCCGCUGGGUCUGCGACAGCGGCUCCUUCCCGCGCAGUAUCAGGCUCAGCAGGAUAUAAGAAAGCGCCGCCACCUCCUCCGUCAAGUUCAUUUACUGCUCCUCCGCCUCCGUACUCAGCCUCGUCAAGCGGGGGAAGCGCUUCCUCUGGCGUGACUGGGAAACGGGGACCUCCACCACCUCCACCGCUCAAACCAAAGCCGAAACCGACCCCCAAAGUGCAGUACGUGGUAGCUCUGUAUGAUUUUGUUGCCCAGGCGGACGGAGAUUUGUCAUUCAACGCUGGAGAUCGGAUAGAGCUUGUGGAGAAGACGCAGAGUAGUGAGGAUUGGUGGACAGGCCGAUUAAAUGGACAGCAAGGCGUUUUUCCUGGAAAUUAUGUUCAAGAGACUUGAGAGAUAAUCAUAGUAGUCGUGACUUGUCAAACAGAUUUUGUUGAUAUGAUUGAGUGGACUUGGCAAGUAGGUAUAAACACGGAACAAUAAAUGAGGAGUAAAGGGAUUGGCGUG